UCGAUCUCUCGAGCUCCCUACAUUUCUACCGUGAGUUUUUCCAAGUAUCAUAGAAAUCUCAUAAAAUUUGACAAUGGGAGCUCUCGCCAAGCAGGACCAGAAGGUCCCCAAGCUCCCCCUGAUCAUCACCAGUGCCUUGCCAUAUGUUAACAACAUACCCCGCCUUGGGAAUGUCAUCGGCUGUGUCUUGAGCGCUGAUAUCUUUGCUCGGUACUGCCGUCUCCGGGGAUACAAUAACCUCUAUAUUUCCGGGACCGAUGAGUAUGGCAAGACGACGGAGACCAAAGCCUUGGAAGAGAAGUGCAACCCCCAAGAGAUAUGUGACAAGUAUCACAAAAUCCAUAGGGAGCUUUACCUAGGGAGGGAGGUAAGGAGGUUUAUGAGUGGUUCAACAUUAGCUUUGACCAAUUCGGCCGAACUUCCACGCCACAGCAAACUGAGUCUGCCAAAAAAAUUUCAAGAAAUUGCUGGACAAUGACCACUUUGCCGAAAGCACAAUCCAGCAGCUCUAUUGUGACACAUGCAAGAGGUUCUUAGCGGACCGGUUCGUGGAGGGAGUCAAAUAAGACAAUAUUGAGAGAAUGAAUUUUCUCGUAUAUCAUUACACCCAUUCUGUGGUGUAUAUAAAAGGGUUACAAUUGUACUACAACGUACUACAACUAUUGUGUACUCCUGUA